AUGGGUAUUCAAAGUUUAACUAAAGUAAUUGGUGAUCACUGUUCAAACGCCCUCAAAACAAACGAGAUCAAGAAUUAUUUUGGACGUAAAGUAGCAAUCGAUGCCUCUAUGUCUAUAUAUCAAUUCUUGAUCGCUGUAAGACAAGAUGGGCAGCAAUUAACAACCGAGUCAGGAGAGACGACGAGUCACUUAAUGGGCAUAUUUUAUCGGACUAUUCGCAUGGUGGAAAACGGCAUAAAACCAUGUUACGUCUUUGAUGGUAAACCACCUACUCUAAAAUCUGGUGAACUUGCUAAACGUUUGGAACGAAAAAUGGAAGCGAAUAAGAAGCUUGAAGAGGCACAAGAAGCUGGUGAUAUGGCAAAUGUUGAUAAAUACAGUCGUCAAACUGUUAAAGUUACUAAGCAACAUAACGAUGAAUGCAAAAAGCUUCUAAAUUUAAUGGGUAUUCCCUAUGUGGAGGCUCCAUGUGAAGCUGAGGCUCAAUGUGCGGCUUUAGCUAAAGCUGGAAAGGUAUAUGCCGCUGCAUCAGAAGAUAUGGAUACUUUGACUUUUUCUACGCCUGUCCUAUUGCGACAUAUGACUUAUAGCGAGGCAAAAAAGAUGCCCAUUAACGAAAUACAUCUCAACAAAGUUUUAGAAGGACUUCAGUUUAGCAUGAACCAAUUUAUUGAUCUUUGUAUUCUUUUGGGUUGUGAUUAUUGCGAAUCCAUCAAAGGCAUUGGGCCGCAUCGUGCAGUAGAACUUAUUAGAAAGCAUAAGACCUUAGAAGGAGUCAUCAGUAACCUCGAUACCAAAAAAUAUCCAAUACCAGAAAACUGGCAGUACGACGAAGCACGUGAACUAUUUCGUAACCCAGAAGUUCUAGAUCCUAAUGAACUUGAGAUAAAAUGGAAGGACCCAGAUGUUGACGGCAUUGUUAACUUUUUGGUUCGUGAAAAAGGCUUCAAUGAGGACCGUGUGCGGAAAGGCGUAGAAAAACUAUCGAAAAAUUUAAAGGCUGCGACUCAGGGUAGACUGGAUAGUUUUUUUACGCAAAUUCCUUCCAACGCAAACGUUUCUACAAAGCGCAAGCUUGAAGAUAAGAAAGAUGCGACAAGCAAAAAAACAAAACCGAAUAGUAAUCGUGGGAGACCAAAAAACGGAUCGAAAUCUUAG